AAACGGCUCUCACGCGCUCUAUACACCACGCCCACUCCAACACCGCGCAUGCGCAGAUAUAGUUAGCUAGAUAACUAGCAUGCGCAGAGAGCUAGCUAGCGAUGGGCAGCAUGCUCCACUCUCAUAAAAAUGAUGCACUGGUUCCCCUCGAAGAGAAAGAAGUAACAAUUUCUGAACUCUCUCUGACUCAUACUUUUCUUUUUAUUUAAAGGAACAGAGUUGUUGUUGUUGUAGUAGUAGUAGUAGUAGUAGUAGUAGUAGUAGUAGUAGUAGAAUUGGGCGGAAGUGAAGCGUUUUUCGGAGCGCUCACAUGAACAGUCCGACACGCGGUCUUUCACUGAAGACACCGAGGCUGAUAGCAUGAUUCACAGGUGCAGUCUUUAUGGUCACGGGACGCACGUAAUUGCCACGUCACGUGAUUUAGCACAAACUUCAGAUACCGGUCACGUGAAGUGCUUCCCCGGUCAUGACUGGGUAAGGGAACACAAGUUCUGGGUCAGUGCUUCCCUUUGACUUUUGUCUGGAUUUUGAACUGAACUUGACUGAAUGUUUUGGAAGGGCUGGGGGGAUUUCAGUAUGCUCUGUACAUGGUCUUUGAGGCACCCUUUGAUUUCACAGCUGGUCACGGGGAACCUGGAGCCUAUCCCAGGAAGCAUGGGGCACAAUGUGGGGUACACCCUGGACAGGGUGCCAGUCCAUCGCAGGGCACAAUCACAUACACAUUGACACACCCGUUCAUAUACUUCAGACACGCCAAUCAGCCUACCAUGCAUGUCUUUGGACUGGGGGAGAAAACCAGAGUACCCAGAGGAAACCCCCGCAGCACGGGGAGAACAUGUAAACUCCGCACACACAGGGCCACGGUGGGAAUCGAACCCUUGACCCUGGAGUUCUUUCACAGACCGUCUACUCCACUCUAGCAGCAGGACUGGAGACAGGCUCCACAGCAGCAACAACAUGAUGAUGUACCACUGCCCAGAUUGUGGGGAGAGGUUUACUAAAAGUCAUCAUCUCGAAGAUCACGAGCGGAUCCACACGAGAGAGAAGCCGCUUGACUGCUCCCAGUGUGGGAAGAGUUUUACCCGACUACGUGCUCUCCAACAGCACGAGUGCAUUCACACAGGAGAGAAGUCGUAUCACUGCUCAGAGUGUGGGAAGAGAUUUAUUUGUCGGAGUAAUCUCCAACGACACGAGCGCAUUCACACAGGAGAGAAGCCGUAUCACUGCUCCCAGUGUGGGAAGAGCUUUACUUGUCAGAGUAAUCUCCUACAACACCAGCGCAUUCACACAGGCGAGAAGCCGUUUAACUGUGGACAGUGUGGGAAGAGUUUUACUCAACAGAGUAGUCUCCAACGUCACCAGCGCAUUCACACAGGAGAGAAGCCGUAUCACUGUGGACAGUGUGGGAAGAGUUUUACUUGUCAAAGUACUCUCCAAAUACACGAGCGUAUUCACACGGGAGAGAAGCCGCAUCACUGCUCACAGUGUGGGAAGAGUUUUACUUGUCAAAGUACUCUCCAUAUACACGAGCGCAUUCACACAGGAGAGAAACCAUAUCACUGUGAACAGUGUGGGAAGAGUUUUACUUGUCAAAGUACUCUCCAAAUACAUGAGCGCAUUCAUACCGGACAGAAGCCGUAUCACUGUGGACAGUGUGAGAAGAGUUUCACUUGUCAGAGUCAUCUCCAACAGCAUGAGCGCAUCCACACAGGAGAAAAGCCUUAUCAAUGCUCGCAGUGUGGGAAAAGUUUUCGUCACCAGAGGGCCCUCCACAGCCACCAGCAGAGUCAUACAGGACAGAAACCAUACCUCUGCGGACAAUGUGGGCGGGGCUAUACUCAUUCGAGUUCAUUAAGGACACACAAGUGCUCUGACUUAAAGCCAUCAGAUCUUGACAUGUGAAUUUGUCAAACAUGUGUUUUUUUUGUUUGUUUGUUUUUUUGUUUUUUUUGUUUUUUUAUAAAGGGAGGCAAGGAGACAUUUCAGGCGUAAAACUAUUCUGCAGUAUUCUGUUGCAUGGGACUUCAUGAUUUUAUGGUGUUUUACUUUUUGUCCCCCAAAUGCUACAAUACCAAACAUAGAAUACACACCUUUAACCAGUGGGAAUGCCCAUUUUAAUCGACCAAUCCAGAUCUCUGAAUGAGACACGUGACUCUGACAUCUCCCUCUAAAAUAAGACUUUUUAUUUUAAAUGAUUUUUAAAUGCGAGCUAGAAUUUGCUUUUUAAAAUGUCAUGCUGUGCAUACUAUCUAACUGGACACCUUUCCAAGCCAAUAGAAGAUGGUUGUGUUUGCAGGCAAUGUGAAGAGAGAAUUCUUGUCCAAGUUGCUCCGUCUUUGCAGCGUCCAUUUAACUAUUGCUAACUACACUUUAUGGCCAAAAGUAUGUGGAUGCUUGACACCACACCCAUAUAUGCCUUUUGAACAUCCUCUGAUGGAAUCGCAUCCAAUGCAUGGUCUGUUGUAGUUUUCAGAUUUACUGCAACCCAGACUAGGAUAACACACUUACACAGUAAGAUCAUUGAAUGGAUAUUUGUUGUGUAUAUAUGUUCUAUUAAGAAAUAAGAAAAUGUUUGUAUGACCUGCAAGUCUUAGGAUUUUAUGCAGGAUCACUAUCACAAUCGUGGAUAUGCAGUGACUGGAGCAUUGAGAGAGUACAUUACUGGGGUCUGGGUUUGAUGACCACCUUCACUUUAAUAAAUCACAUGUUUAAUAAUUCACCAAGUUUAUACUUUCCUUAUUAAUCAACAAACUCUCCAUAAUGCAAAUCAUAAAUGGGUUUUCUCAUAGUUAUGUAAUUUCCUUUUAAAAAUGUGAAAUGUUACAUUUAUAAAUCUUCAGAUGCUUUGGUUUGACACUCACAGAUAAACUAAUGCAUAUUAAUCAUCCUUCAUGUUUUUCCAACUUGAAUAAAGUUUACCUUUGGAAUA